CAGCCGCCCUGCUCGGUCUCCUUAGGCGCCACCAUGUGCGGCAUCUUUGCUUACCUGAACUACCAUGUUCCCCGAACAAGACGGGAGAUCCUGGAGACCCUCAUCAAAGGGCUUCAGCGACUGGAGUACAGAGGAUAUGACUCUGCUGGAGUUGGAAUUGAUGGAGGCAAUGAUAAAGACUGGGAGGCCAAUGCUGGCAAAAUUGCACUCAUCAAAAAGAAGGGGAAAGUGAAGGCUUUGGAUGAAGAAGUGAACAAACAACAGGAUAUGGACCUGGACAUUGAGUUUGAUGUGCAUCUUGGAAUUGCCCAUACCAGAUGGGCCACCCACGGCGAGCCCAGUCCUGUCAACAGCCACCCACAGCGAUCAGAUAAAAACAAUGAAUUUAUUGUUAUCCACAAUGGCAUUAUUACAAACUACAAAGACCUGAAGAAGUUUUUGGAAAGCAAAGGUUAUGAAUUUGAGUCUGAGACUGACACCGAGACAAUUGCUAAACUUGUCAAGUACAUGUAUGACAACCGUGAAAGUGACGAUAUUAGCUACACCACAUUGGUAGAAAGGGUCAUCCAACAGCUGGAAGGUGCAUUUGCCCUUGUAUUCAAAAGUGUUCACUAUCCUGGUCAAGCAGUUGGAACCAGGAGAGGAAGCCCGCUGCUCAUUGGAGUGCGGAGUGAGCACAAGCUUUCUACUGACCACAUUCCAAUACUGUACAGAACAGCCACACAACCUAUGGAUCAUUCUAUUGAUGGAAUAUCCAUAAAAAUGGAGGAAGGCAAAGACAAGAAGGGGAGUUGCAGCCUUUCCCGGGUGGACAGCACCACCUGCCUCUUUCCUGUCGAGGAGAAAGCAGUGGAGUACUACUUUGCAUCGGAUGCGAGUGCAGUUAUUGAGCACACCAACAGAGUGAUUUUUCUGGAGGAUGAUGAUGUGGCAGCUGUUGUGGACGGCCGUCUCUCCAUCCAUCGAGUCAAGCGCACAGCGGCUGAUCAUCCUAGUCGCGCUGUCCAGACCCUACAAAUGGAGCUCCAGCAAAUCAUGAAGGGUAACUUCAGUUCAUUCAUGCAAAAGGAAAUUUUUGAACAACCAGAAUCCGUUGUCAACACCAUGAGAGGAAGAGUCAACUUUGAUGAUUACACCGUGAAUCUUGGGGGUUUGAAAGAUCACAUCAAGGAGAUCCAAAGGUGUCGGCGUCUCAUCCUAAUUGGUUGCGGAACAAGCUACCAUGCUGGAGUUGCAACACGUCAAGUUCUGGAAGAAUUGACUGAAUUGCCUGUCAUGGUAGAACUUGCCAGUGACUUUUUGGACAGGAACACUCCAGUCUUCAGAGACGAUGUCUGCUUCUUCAUCAGCCAGUCAGAAGUAAUGAGUUCGGCAUGCUUAGAACCAGACAUGUGCAAGUUAUCCGGGGCAAAAUGUGAAACAGCAGACACCCUGAUGGCCCUACGCUACUGCAAGGAGAGAGGAGCCCUGACUGUAGGAAUCACAAAUACUGUGGGGAGCUCCAUAUCUCGUGAGACAGACUGCGGGGUUCACAUCAAUGCUGGGCCAGAGAUUGGGGUUGCCAGCACAAAGGCCUACACAAGCCAAUUUGUGUCGCUAGUGAUGUUUGCGCUCAUGAUGUGCGACGACAGGAUCUCCAUGCAAGAAAGACGGAAAGAAAUCAUGCGAGGCCUCAAGUUAUUGCCAGACUUGAUCAAAGAAGUCCUGAGCAUGGAUGAUGAAAUCCAGAAACUGGCCACAGAGCUUUACCACCAGAAGUCAGUCCUCAUUAUGGGCCGUGGUUAUCACUAUGCGGCAUGCCUGGAAGGUGCUCUGAAAAUAAAAGAAAUCACCUACAUGCAUUCGGAAGGCAUUCUGGCCGGGGAGCUGAAGCAUGGGCCCCUUGCCUUGGUCGAUAAACUGAUGCCUGUCAUCAUGAUCAUCAUGAGGGACAGCACGUACACCAAGUGCCAGAACGCCCUGCAGCAAGUCAUUGCCCGGCAGGGUCGGCCUGUUGUGAUUUGCGAUAAGGAAGAUAUUGAGACCAUCAAAAACAACAAGCGAACCAUCAAAGUCCCUCACUCUGUGGACUGUCUGCAGGGGAUCCUGAGUGUCAUCCCUUUACAGCUCCUGGCUUUUCAUCUUGCGGUACUCAGAGGCUAUGAUGUUGACUUUCCAAGAAAUCUGGCCAAAUCUGUUACAGUUGAGUAGCAUACUCUGUCAUUAAUACUUUGGCAGAUGUCAGCAAGAGACUCUCUCUUUUGGUACUGGGACACAUUGAUUUUAAAAGUCCUUCUUUGAUUCAAAUCUUAAAUCCCCUGUUCAAGAGUCUUUAUAAUUCUGUUGCAUUUGUGACUGUUAAAUGUUGAAUCCACAGGCUAUGCCAGCAACAUUGUUAAAUGAUGAUCAUUUCAAGAUACAGUUUUUUUCUCUUUAAAAAGUCAUAAUCCUCCUUUGUUGUCUAGCUGGAUUGUUUCAGGCCUCCAUAGUGCUGAAUUG